GGCUCGGCGUGAACCGAGAUUCCCCUUCCCCUCCCCCGCCCCGGCACACGCUCCCCUCCUCCUCCUCUUCCCCCUCCUGCGCCGAGAGAGAGAAAGGGAAGGGAGGAGGCGCCGGGCCUGGGUCUCCCGCACCGAGCCGCCGCGGCACAACAUGGAGGAGCUGGUGGUGGAGGUGCGGGGCUCCAACGGGGCCUUCUACAAGGCAUUUGUAAAGGAUGUGCAUGAAGAUUCUAUAACAGUUGCAUUUGAAAACAACUGGCAACCAGAGAGACAAAUACCAUUCCAUGAUGUGAGGUUUCCACCACCUGCAGGCUAUAAUAAAGAUAUAAAUGAAAGUGAUGAAGUAGAGGUUUAUUCCAGGGCAAAUGAAAAAGAACCCUGCUGUUGGUGGUUGGCUAAAGUGAGAAUGAUAAAGGGUGAGUUCUACGUAAUAGAAUAUGCAGCCUGUGAUGCUACAUACAACGAAAUUGUCACAAUUGAGCGUUUGAGAUCUGUGAACCCCAAUAAACCCGCAACAAAAGAUACUUUCCAUAAAAUCAAACUGGCAGUUCCAGAAGAUUUAAGGCAAAUGUGUGCCAAAGAAUCUGCACAUAAGGACUUCAAAAAGGCAGUUGGAGCUUUUUCUGUAACGUAUGAUUCUGAAAACCACCAGCUUAUUAUUUUGUCAAUCAAUGAUGUAACAACAAAGCGGGCAAAUAUGCUGAUUGAUAUGCACUUUCGAAGUCUUCGUACCAAGUUAUCCCUGAUACUGAGAAAUGAAGAAGCUAGCAAACAGCUGGAGAGUUCUAGACAACUUGCGUCACGAUUUCAUGAACAGUUUGUUGUACGUGAAGACCUAAUGGGUUUGGCCAUUGGCACUCAUGGUGCUAAUAUUCAGCAAGCCAGAAAAGUCCCUGGAGUGACUGCUAUUGAUCUUGAUGAAGAUACUUGCACAUUCCAUAUUUAUGGAGAGGAUCAAGAUGCAGUGAAAAAGGCAAGAAGUUACCUUGAAUUUGCUGAAGAUGUCAUACAAGUCCCAAGAAAUUUAGUAGGAAAAGUAAUAGGAAAAAAUGGAAAACUGAUUCAGGAGAUAGUGGACAAAUCUGGUGUUGUAAGAGUGAGAAUUGAGGCUGAAAAUGAUAAAAAUAUUCCACAAGAAGAGGGAAUGGUACCAUUUGUGUUUGUGGGAACCAAGGAUAGCAUCACUAAUGCAACUGUUCUUCUGGAUUAUCAUCUUAAUUAUUUAAAGGAAGUGGACCAGCUGCGUUUGGAAAGAUUGCAAAUUGAUGAGCAGCUUCGACAGAUUGGAGCUACUUCUAGGCCACCACCAAAUCGUACAGAUAAGGAAAAAGGGUACAUGACUGAUGAUGGUCCAGGACUUGGACGCGGUAGUCGACCUUACAGAAACAGAGGGCAUAGCAGACGUGGUCCAGGCUAUGCUUCAGGAACUAAUUCUGAAGCAUCAAAUGCUUCUGAAACAGAAUCUGAUCACAGAGAUGAACUUAGUGAUUGGUCAGCAGCCCCAGCAGAAGAGGAGCGAGACAACUACCUUCGUAGAGGAGAUGGGCGAAGACGUGGAGGUGGUGCAAGAGGGCAAGGAGGGAGGGGUCGUGGAGGAUUCAAAGGAAAUGAUGAACAGUCACGAACAGAUAACCGUCAGCGUAACUCAAGAGAUGCAAAAGGGAGAACAGCAGAUGGAUCUCUUGAGGAUGAGUUAUGUUGGGAGGAAGAAAUAAUGAGCAGCUGCAAGCUGCCGCCUUCUGCGUGGUGUUACCAGGAGUCAUGGUUCCGAUGGGAGAUUGAGAUGACUCUUGGUUUGGUUUUAGAAAACCUGUUUAAGAAAGGAGGGGGGAAAAAAUGGAACAAGUGACCAAAUGCUUAGUUUUCCAAGUGGGAAUGCUGAACUUGAAGGUGUAGCACCUGAAUACGCAUCUGAAAUGCAAACAAUUAACAUGCCAAAAAAAAUUUUUUUGGCCAUACAACUUUUAUAGUUAAUCAGUAAUUAACUUACAAAGUUUGAAGUAGACAGUGGAGAACUGUGGUGCUGAAAAAGAAACUAAGGCACUUAUCAACAAGUCAUCAUUUUUUUUCUGUUGCUCUGAGAUUUGGAUGAGAUGAUAUUCUAUAUGAAAAUAAGUACUUGCAUGUCGUUGAAACCUGACUGAUCAAGUUGUAAAAAUUCUGUAAUAUUUCAAGGAAUAAAGGCUUACCCCCUUUACGAGCAUAAAAAUUUUGCUUCCAAAAUGCUUUUUUGAGAUUUUUUAUGACCACUUAAGAGGGCCACAGAAGUCUUUUUGGUGGAUUAAAUUAAACUUUUUUCAGAUUCAAAAGGUGGCUGAGUAGAUUUAUUUUUUUGAGUGUUAGUAUCAUUUCA